GAGACUUUGAAAGGGUUCUGAUUUUUCUUUUUUCUUUUUUUUUUUUUAUAUUCAAGGAAAGAGAAACGGAUAGUGAAAAAUCGAGGGCCUAGGAGUUGAAACGUGUACAUGAUGAGCUAAAGGAGCCAAUCCGUCCGUCCCUUACUAUUCAUUCUAUACAAGUUUGGACUCACUCUCGCCAUCUUCACGCUGUCCGUUAUCAGGUGCUCCCCCCGGUGUUCGCCUGGAGGUCAGUCGGAGCUGGAGACCUUCUUUUCCCGCGUAAAAAACGAACUCUCCGUCGACGACGGUUGGCGGCGGCGUUUCACCGGAACGCCACUCGUGUCCUUUUACGCUGCACUCUUGAGCUAGCAGUAGGUUAUAAGAAACCCAUUUGGAGAACUACUUCUUGACUGCAAUGUCUGUCAUAUGCCAUCGUUAUAUUCUCCUCUCUGGCAUCUCUUUGGUUAUCAUCAUUACAAUAUGUAGUUUUGGACUUCAAUGGAGGGAGACAGGGAAGUUUUUGCACAAACCCCAGGGAGAUAUAAACAACAGAACCACAAAUGUUAAACUCGAUAAGGCAUAUAAAAGCCACAGAAAAAUUCUAGUACAUGGCACUUGCACGAUCAAGGAUAUAAGCAUUUCACAGAGCACAUAUUCAACAAAUGGGAUUCCACAGUUUGUAGUUGAGAUAGUUAACACGUGUUUUUCCGGUUGUGCUCCUUCCAAUAUUCACCUCCACUGUGAUUGGUUUGCCUCUGCAAGAAUAGUAAAUCCAAAUACAUUUAAGAGGCUGUCUUAUGAUGACUGCUUGGUUAAUGAAGGGAAGCCUUUGAAGACCAGCCAGAUGAUCAGAUUCACCUACUCAAACACGUUUAAAUACCCUCUUGCUUUCAAGUCUGCCAAGUUUUGCUGAUUGAUUGAAUUUCACCAUGAAACUCAUAGGUAGAGUUCUAACAUCCAAGUAGGAUAGUUCAAUUUUGGUGUCAAGUUGCAACACUACUCCCUUUUGGUCUUUUGGGAUGACACAACUGAUGCUGAGGUUAUUGUCAAACCCCAAAUACUACACCCGAGGUGGAGCGGCAACUUAAAAGUUUCUCCAAAUUCUCGCUUUUGCUGAUAUAUCUAGCUGUGGAUGCCUUAGGUAAGUGAACUUCCUAUAUGUCUGGACUUGAUGGAACCUUAGACUCUUAGAGUCAAAAGCUGCUAUAUAGAAUAGAAUACUACAUAGUGCAAGGUGGGCAUGCCAGUGUUUUAUUUUUGUAGACUAGAUAGUAUGUGCUCAUUUAUCAUGCAUAGUGUCUUCUUGUGGCAUUUCUUUCUCUCCAACAAUUUUACAUGCUGUGAGGAAAGAAAAUGAAAACAAUGAAAGCUUCUGUUGCUCA